UUCUGGCAGUUUGGUGAGUGGGUGGACGUGGUGAUCGAUGACCGUCUGCCCACUAAAGAUGGUGAGCUGAUGUUCGUCCACUCUGCUGAAGGCAGUGAGUUCUGGAGCGCCCUGCUGGAGAAAGCCUACGCCAAGUUGAACGGCUCGUACGAGGCACUGUCCGGCGGCAGCACCACGGAAGGGUUCGAGGAUUUCACGGGCGGCGUGGCCGAGAUGUACGAGCUGAAGAAAGCUCCCAGAGACCUUCAUCGAAUCAUCAGCAAAGCUCUGGAGAGAGGGUCACUGCUGGGCUGCUCCAUAGACAUCACCAGCGCCUUAGACAUGGAGGCGGUGACCUUCAAGAAGCUGGUCAAAGGCCACGCCUACUCUGUGACCGGGCUCAGACAGGUGGAUUAUCGAGGCCGUCAGGAGCGUCUGAUCCGGAUCAGGAACCCGUGGGGUCAGGUGGAGUGGACUGGAGCGUGGAGCGACAACUCGUCAGAGUGGAGCUCCAUCGACUCUGCAGAGAAAGACGAGAUGAUGUGCAAGAUGGAGGACGGAGAGUUCUGGAUGUCUUUCCAGGAGUUCCUCCGCCAGUUCUCCAGACUGGAGAUCUGUAAUCUGACCCCGGACGCCCUCAGUCAGGACACCUCCUUCUGGACCACCACCACGUACCAGGGCAGCUGGAGGAGAGGGAGCACAGCGGGGGGCUGCAGGAACCACCCCAACACCUUCUGGAUCAACCCUCAGUAUAAGAUCAGUCUGCUGGAGGAGGACGAUGACCCCGAGGACGACGAGGCCGCCUGCAGCUUCCUGGUGGCUCUGAUGCAGAAAGACCGCCGCCGCUUCCGCCGCCAUGGGCAGGACGUGCACACCAUCGGGUUCGCCGUCUACGAGAUUCCAGAGGAGUACCGCGGCUGUCCCAGCGUCCACCUGAAGAAGGACUUCUUCCUGCGUCACUCGUCGUGCGCUCGCUCAGAGACCUUCAUCAACCUGCGAGAGGUGAGCGCCAGGCUCCGCCUCCCGCCCGGCGAGUACCUGAUCGUCCCGUCCACCUUUGAGCCCUCGAAGGAGGCCGACUUCGUCCUGAGGGUGUUCACGGAGAAACAGUCGGAGACGGAGGAGAUGGACGAUGAGGUCGUGGCAAACUUUGAAGAAGAGGACGACGUGUCAGAGAGCGACGUGGACGACUCGUUCAGGUCCAUGUUCGCUCAGCUGUCCGGAGACGACAUGGAGAUCUCAGUGAGGGAGCUCAGGACGAUCCUGAACAGAGUCGUCUCUAAACACCGAGACCUGCAGACUGACGGCUUCAGCAUGGAGUCCUGCAGAGCCAUGGUGGGCCUCAUGGACAAAGACGGCAGCGCUCGGCUCGGUCUGCUGGAGUUUCAGGUUCUCUGGAACAAGAUCAGGAAGUGGCUGGGGAUCUUCAGAGACUUCGAUCUGGAUAAGUCCGGCUGCAUGAGCUCCUAUGAGAUGCGCCUGGCUUUAGAAAAUGGAGGGUUCAAACUGAACAACAAGCUGUAUCAGAUGCUGGUCGCUCGAUACGCCGACAACGAGAUCAUCGACUUCGACAACUUCACCUGCUGCCUGGUCAAACUGGAGGCCAUGUUCAAGACGUUCCAGGAUCUGGACCGAGACGGGACAGGAAAAGCGGAGAUGAACAUCGUUGAGUGGCUCUGUGUGACCAUGUGUGGCUGAACAAACAACCAGAACCUGAACUUCAAAGUGCCUCCAACAGGAAGAAAACAGGAACCAGUCCCGACAAACACCGCACUGUGUUGCACAGACCUACAGUAACACUACAGUAACACUACAGUAACACUACAGCAACAUUACAGUAACACUACAGUAACACUAAAGCAACACUACAGCAACAUUACAGCAACACUACAGUAACACUACAGUAACACUAAAGCAACACUACAGCAACACUACAGUAAGACUACAGUAACACUAAAGCAACACUACAGCAACAUUACAGUAAGACUACAGCAACACUACAGUAACACUACAGUAACACUACAGUAAGACUACAGUAACACUACAGUAAGACUACAGUAACACUAAAGUAACACUACAGCAACACUACAGUAACACUACAGUAACACUACAGUAAGACUACAGCAACAUUACAGUAACACUAAAGCAACACUACAGCAACAUUACAGUAACACUACAGCAAUAUUACAGUAACACUACAGCAAUAUUACAGCAACACUACAGCAACAUUACAGUAACACUAAAGCAACACUACAGCAACAUUACAGCAAUAUUACAGUAACACUACAGUAAGACUACAGUUACACUACAGUAACAUUACAGUAACACUAAAGCAACACUACAGCAACAUUACAGCAAUAUUACAGUAACACUACAGUAACACUACAGUAACACUACAGUAACAUUACAGUAACACUACAGCAAUAUUACAGUAACACUACAGUAAGACUACAGUUACACUACAGUAAGACUACAAUAAGACUACAGUAAGACUACAGUAAGACUACAAUAAGACUACAGUAACACUACAGUUACACUACAGUAAGACUACAAUAAGACUACAGUAAGACUACAGUAAGACUACAAUAAGACUACAGUAACACUACAGUAAGACUACAGUUACACUACAGUAAGACUACAAUAAGACUACAGUAAGACUACAGUAAGACUACAAUAAGACUACAGUAACACUACAGUAACACUACAGUAAGACUACAAUAAGACUACAGUAACACUACAGUUACACUACAGUAAGACUACAGCAACAUUACAGUAACACUACAGUAAGACUACAAUAACACUACAGUAACACUACAGUAAGACUACAGUAAGACUACAAUAAGACUACAGUAAGACUACAGUAAGACUACAGUAAGACUAUGAUAACACUACAGUAACACUACAGUAAGACUACAAUAAGACUACAGUAACACUACAGUUACACUACAGUAAGACUACAGUAAGACUACAAUAAGACUACAGUAACACUACAGUAAGACUACAAUAAGACUACAGUAAGACUACAGUAAGACUACAGUUACACUACAGUAAGACUACAGUUACACUACAAUAAGACUACAGUAAGACUACAGUUACACUACAGUAAGACUACAGUUACACUACAAUAAGACUACAGUAAGACUACAGUAAGACUACAGUAAGACUACAGUUACACUACAGUAAGACUACAAUAAGACUACAGUAACACUACAGUAAGACUACAGUAAGACUACAGUAUAUUUAAGUGUUACUGUAGUACCGUGCUGACAUCAUCAGUCUUCCAGAAUCCACAAACGAUCACUGCUGCCAGAAACAUCAAACAUCAGGACGCUUCCUGCUUUAGUGCGAGAGUCACAAUCAGACGAUCAUAAAGUAUAAAAACUACAAACAUGUCUGUGGCAGCGGUGAAACUCUACAGUACUACAUAUUUAAAGUACUCUUCAUGCUUCAGUAUCUGAGUCCUGAAGCCUGCUGCUUUAUUUAUUCAGCUCGCUGCAGAUAGAGGGCGCUACAGCUCAGCUAACACUAUAGGACCUCUCUAUUUAUUUCAUUAUGAGGCCGAGCUGCUUCCUGUCGCCUCAGUCACACCUCCACCUCUCCCCCUUGCAGACCUCACCUCACUUAAGGCUGCUAGAUUCAGGCGAUGCAGACUGACAUGAGGGAGACUCGUCUCUCUGGAGACAGCAGCCCUCUGAUUGGUGGAGAGACACAGGGUCACUACAAACCCGCAACUCUCCAAGCUGGCUCGCUAAUAUUAAUGAUAAUAAAGAUUCUAUCUAUCUAAUGAACCAGGAACAUCUGUGCGCUCUUCUCUCUCUUUCAACAAAUACACACUCUGAAGGAGACCUUGGGGUGUGAGUGCGGAUGAUGGGACAGAGACCGCCUGUCCACAGCUCUGGGUUUAAUCCCCCCUGAAACCAGAGGACAGUGAAGGCAUCAUCAGGUGGAGGCGUUCAGGGUCAGCUGGGUCAAACAAGCACUAAUGUAGCAGAACCUCCAGCUUCAUGUUUACACUGAAUAAAAGAAACAGAACAAAGA